AUGGCAUGGCAAAGCAUCCCAUUGCAUGAGGCAUCAGCAGCGAUUUGCGCUCGGCAGCCGGAACAGUGCAGCGCGGUUCUCAGCCCUGCGCCCACGCCUGAGGUGGUCGUACCUGUUUCCAAAGCUAGCACCAAGCCGACAAAGCCAGUCCCCUCACAGACUUCACACUCCUUGCAAGAGCUUCGGCACAAGUCGGUGACCGACUUGCGGGAGAUGCUCGCAUCCCGUGGGGUUUCAGAGGGCUCAGCCAGAGACAAGGCAGAUUUGGCUGAGUGGGUCUGGCAACAUCAAGAUCUUCCAGUGCUCUCCAGCUGGAGGCAAAAAAGGGGUCCAAAGGGCCCCAGGCGCUAUGGCUACGGAAUCGGUGGAGAAGGUAGAACUGCAGAUGAAGCAGAGAGUGAGCCAGAGGCUCCCAAAUUGGAGGCCAACGAUGCCAAGCAGAUUGACGGCGAUGAUGUGAAACUCCUGGAGGGUACCAGCCAAGCUGCUGCCCCUGGCGCCCAGGCCCCCACAAAUCUUUAUGCUUGGCUAUUGGACUUCCCUUUUGCUGACUCGGAGGUGCAAAAGAAGCUAUUGGCGUGGUUGGAGGAGGGUGGCGCGCAAGGGUUGUCGGACGUGGAGCUCAUUGAGUCUGAGGUCUUCGGCCGUGGGCUUGUUGCUUGUCGGGACUUCUCCCAGCAUGAAAUUGUCGUAUCCAUUCCGACCUCGCUGUGUCUAGCUGGAGCAGAUGAAUUGGGGCCAGAGGAGAAGGCCGCCGCAGCCUUGUUGAAAGAGAAACACCUUGGGCAGAAGUCCAGAUUCCAAGCCUACAUUGCAUCUCUGACCCCAUUGAGCAUGCGCAUGCAUCCGGCCACCUGGCCCAAGCACCUGAAGUGGAAGAGGUUGUUUGCCUCGAGCCCGGGUGCUUUGCGACGAAUACGCCGGGCCAGGAUGCGGGCUGCAGCUGCAGUGGCCAAGCUGCUUGAAGCCGGCUCCGCGAUGGACGAGGAGGAGGCUCGUUGGGCGUUGGCCAUUGUACGCAGUCGUGCAUUUCCAGAUCGAUCAGGGCAACUGAUGCUUUGUCCUCUUCUCGACCUGCUGAACCAUUGCACCAGAUCAGCUGGAGGCCCGACGUGUGGCUUCGUGCGUUUGGACGGAAGAGUGGCAAUGGUGGCAGAGCGCAAGAUAGAAGUGAAUGAGGAGCUGUGCCACCUGUACGCCUUGUCACCAAGCGCAGAGCUUUUUGCGAACUAUGGUUUUGUCCCUGAAGGUGGGGCCGGUGGAUUUGAAGAAGCACUUAUCGAAGUUCCAAUUGCUGCAACCUUUGCACACCGAGCGGCUCUCAAGCGGCGUGGUUUGGAUCAAGGUCUGAGCCAGAUAUUGCUUCGGCUGUUUGGGAACAUAGCCAGCAGUUGGAUUCUUCCAGUGGCCAGGCUAAUGACUCUUCCAGCGAGCGAAGUGGAGCAGCUGGAAGGGAGGGUUCUUGAUCAGUGGCAGGAGUUGCCUGAUCCAAAGAUGGAGAUGCAGGCAGUUGCUUUAGCCAAGAGCUGGCUGGAAGCACAAGAAGGAAGAGGCUGUGAAGCCUUGCGAUGCCUGGAGGAUCUUGAUCAAAUCCAAAAAGCUGCAGCCGAUCUCAUCCGUGCAGAAAGCGACCUGAUUGCGUCAAGCAUUGAUUGGCUGCGCGCUCGAGAGCACAGGCUAGGACCCGUGGGUUUGGACGAGCAAAACGCCGAGCUCGAACUUGCUUUGGCUCACAUUUGGCGCGUUCUCAUGGCCCAACGGACUGUUCGAUCAGGCUUGCUGGACGCAGAGGAAAGAGCGAAGAAAAUUAAGUUCAACCGGCUGCGGAAGUAUGAACUGCAGGAGCUGGAAGCGGUCUACAUCGAGUCAGUUUUCUAUUUCUACAGUGAUCCGAAGAAAGAAAUCAUCUCCAAAGACGAUUAUGACAAGCUGGUGGCUUACCUGGACAAGCAAAAGUCAAAGGUGCGAAAGCUGAGACCAGAAGAAGUCAGGUUCAUAGAAGCAAGCAUCGCUUACUAUAGAGGCAAGCCUGUGAUGUCAGAUGAAGAGUACAAAGGCUUACGAUCAAAAGUAUCGAGGUCAGGGCGGCGAAAGGAUAUGACUGCUUUGCUGUUGACAGAACGCAGCAAGCAAUUCCUCAAUGACGAGGAAAUGACAAAGUUCCAAGAAGCCUUCAAGAACGCCAGGGAAUAUGACUUUUCCAAGCUGGAAUCAUAUGCUGUCGGCGAUUUGGAAGAGCUUUACAUUGAUGCGUUGUGGUGCUUCCACAGGGAAAAGCGUGCCCUUCUGAGUGAUGAUGAAUUUGACGAGCUCAAGAAAGUCUUGUACAAGAUGGGAUCCCGCUUUCCAACCUUGAAGAGGAACGAAGUUGCCUUCGUGGAGGCAUCCAUCGCAUGGUAUCGUGGUGAACCUUUGAUCUCCGAGGAAGACUUUCAGCAGCUAAAGACGGAGAUCACCGCAUCUGGGAGACGCAAGGAUGUCACAGCAUUUUUGCUCUAUGAGCGUGGGGAGCAGUUCCUCAAUGCCGAGCAGUAUGCUGCAAUGAAGGAAGAAUAUGACUUGCUGGGUAUCAGUGCUGUCAACCUGGAGGAGUGCACGCUGGCCCAGAUGGAAGAGAUGUAUGUGGAUGCACUGUGGGCAUACUACAAUGAUGGCACGCAACUGCUUAGCGACGAGCAGUUCAGCAAAUUGAAAGAGGAGCUGGCAUGGCAGGGCUCAGGAUUUCCAGCAUUGCAGCGGAAGGAGGUCGAGUUCGUCAAGGCAACCUUGGCCUAUCACAGAGACGAGCCCUUGUAUUCGGAUGAGCAGUGGGACGAACUCAAGGCGGCAGUUGAAUCAGACGGAAUGCGUGCAGAUGUGGCCGCAUUUCUCCUCUACAGUAAAGGCCAAGAGAUUUUGGACGCUGACUCCUACAGUAGGAUGCAGAAGGAGCUGGCCAAGAUCGGCGUGAGCGUGAAGAAAGCUGGAUCCAAUGCCUUGCAGCAGACCAUCAAUAUUACCAGUGGAAAACUUGAAAAUGAUGUACUCCAGGUCUUCUUCAUGGUUUCAGCGUUGGCAUCCAUCCCCACCAUUUUGGCUACUGCUUUGGUUUGGGCUGUGGGGCUUUUCCUGGACUUUGAGUUCGUCCCAGAGGCUGCGUGGGGCUCAAUUCUGUCGGCUGAGUUUGUUCCGCUCUUCGUCAUUGGAAUUGGCAUCGGCCUGGUGUUGUCAAAUUGGAUGCUUGGAAAUGCUCUUUUUUUGGGAGGGGUCAUCUUGCACGAUGGGAAAUUGUAGUCGGCACCAACAUUUCUUUGCACUAAAGCCCCAUGAGUGGUGACUUGUCCCAUGUUUGGAGCGCUUUGGUGUGAGUUUUGACGGCUACAUUGUUCACGAACACAACUUAAGAACUUUUAAUUUCGCGCAUCAGUCUUCUUUUGGCUCUCACAAGCUCAUAACCAAAUUGAAUUUUCCAGCGAGGAGAGGCCCGCUUGAACCUUGCACCAAGGAUCCUUGAGUUUUUGGACCUACAAAAUCCCGAGGUUCUCGUGGGAACUUGCCCGUCGUGCAACCGAGCGCAGCUAAAAGUUGACGAUUCCUUGAAGACAUGGCAAAGUGACAGAGGCAUUGGCCUUCCUUUUCGAAAGCUGAGGCAAUUCACCUAUCAAAUUGUUUUCGGGCGGAGCAGCUCCGCAAAAGAAUGUGAAUUACUCCUGUGCCGAGCCACCCUGCUGAAAAUGAGAAAGCCCACACAGGGUACAUAGCUGAACUUGUGGGCCAAGCAUGGGUCAUGCAAGCCUGGAACACGGAGAGCCUUCACUGUUCAUCAGCAAGCAAUCUUCAAGCAUUCAAGAUCAUUGAAAGGGAAAGGAUUGAAUGAAGAGACAGAAAACAGGACAAGAGUCCGUACAAGACCCUUGAAACAGGUUUUCUGUUGUGUGGAGCUGUGCCAUGCUGUGC